AUGAGCAAUGAUGAGAAUACCGCCCGAUCACAUUUAGAGGCCAUCGAUACCCAUGUUGUCGAAGGAAUAAUGAGUCCUGUCGCUGAUUCUUAUAAUAAUAAGCCUACAUUGAUAAAAUCCAAAUAUCGAAUAGAAAUGGUAAGAGCAGCUACGAAAACUUCCGAUUGGAUAAGAGCUGAUGAUUGGGAAUGUACUCGUCCCACGUGGACACGGACGAUCGAUGUAUUGAAGUAUCAUAGAGAACGAAUACAGAAAAAGUUCGGAUCGGACGUUGGAUUGAUGCUAGUAGCAGGUGGAGAUUUUGUGGAUACAUUUCCUCGAAUUCUUCCAGAUGGAUCAAAUUUAUGGAAUCCAAGUGAUAUUCUGAAAAUAAUAGUGGAUUUCGGAUUGAUAGUGUUAACAAGAGAUGGAUCAACGCCUUUGAAUACUUUAGAUUCGAUGCCCGGAUUCUCUGAAAUUUCUGGGAAAAUCCAAUUUAUUUCUGAUGAAGUAUGUCCGAGUGCUGUCAGUUCAACACGUCUACGAGCUGCGAUUUCAGCGAAAAAGUCUAUAAAAUAUGCAACAACGGACGAAGUCAUCGAGUAUAUACAGGAAAAUAGUUUGUAUCAGAAAUGA